GGCGUACGAGUGUCAUACAGUUUUGCAGUUUUUUGGAGCAACAAUUUCCACGUAAUUUUGCAAACAUUACGUACAUAAAAAGGAACAACUGGUGGCGAAAGCAGUUCCGUCGACAAUCGGCAAAGUGUAAACUCCCGAGAAGAAGGCAAGAAAAUCCGAAAUUUAUAUAAUGCUGGAAAAAUCAAAGGUCCGUAAAUCGGAAUGUUCACGAGCACCGGAACAAAGAGGACUUUGUCGAAUGCGACAAAGAUGUUGGUGGCCGGGCGGCAAAUGAUUCGUAACUAAAUGCAAAUGCGUGCGGGCACUGCAGUAAAUGCAAAUGCAAAGAGACGUCGUCGCCUUGACUUUAAGCUGAGCUAAUGCAUUCAAGUGCAACGAAAGCAACGCGGUUCGUCGACCCUCAGCCUGAUCGUUCGAGCAUCGAGGAAAAAACGGGGCAAAGUUAGCGGUCCAGUAAAAAUAACGUUCAUGGAAACGGGACGGUAUUCAGGAGCCUCUGUGUUCUCCCGUUCGAGGGAUGUUUUGAGUGCAAUUUAACUUGCAGCCGAAAGGGAAGGUCGAGAGGAAAAAGAAGAGCAGAAGGGAAGACUGGUCUCACCGCGGGCCAGAAAAGCGGGAAGCAUCGUUUUGCAUAACGAAGUUACCAAGCGAUUCGUCGACGCUGCCUUGGAUUGCCUACGAAACAGCUCGGAAACCGUGGCUGCGCUGAUUGAAAAUAUUUCUACAACGUAGCUUCCGGUGACGACGCUAAGGACUUCUCGCGGUGAUCCUGUUGGGCGAACUCGAGCCGUGGCAAAAGUCGCUUUCCACGGUUAUGGUGCUGGCGUCGCUGCGAGUGGCCGCCAGCAAAUGCUGUCAUGCUCUUGCCAUGCCAGCCGGCGGCCAAGAAGAGGCCGCUGGCCACGAGGUCCUUGAGAAAAUCAACCAGCUACCUGAUCCUGAUCGUUGUCGUGAUCCUGCUGAUCGGCCACGAGGGAUCCCGGGCUGCCACGCAAAUCCGCUACGCUUCGCGCAUCGUCGAGACCAAGAGCGGACAGAUACGAGGGAUUCUUCAGGAGUUCAACAGCAAACACCUAGAUCCCGUGGAAGUGUUUCGAGGUAUACCGUACGCGGCGCCUCCCGUAGGAGAUUUACGUUUUCGAGCGCCGAUCUCGCCGAUCCCCUGGGACGGCAUCAAGCUGGCGGAUUCGUUCGGCGCUGUUUGCCCGCAGCACUUUCCCGACAUUCGCAAUGACACAGUUGCUUUGUUGCAAAUGCCCCUCGACAGGUACCACCAGCUGAAGCGUUUGUACAUGUUCCUGACCAAUCAGAGCGAGGACUGCCUGUUUCUGAACCUGUACAUACCCGGCAGUGGUUCUCGAGGACUGGAGGCGCCAUACGCAGUUAUGGUGUACGUCCACGGUGAAAGUUUUGAAUGGGGAACCGGAAAUGUCUACGAUGGCUCAGUUUUAGCUAGCGCUGGCCACGUGAUAGUGAUCACGCUGAACUAUCGUCUUGGAAUCUUAGGCUUCCUGAGAACUCGUCCGUAUCCGGACAGAACGCCAGGAUCCGGUGGAAACCUGGCGUUGAAGGAUAUUGCCAUGGGACUGCGUUGGGUGCGCGAAAAUAUCGCUGCUUUCGGAGGAGAUCCAACGAAAAUCACGUUGAUUGGACACGAUACCGGGGCUGCUUUGGUGAAUUUGCUGCUGCUCGCUCCUUACGGCAAAGGUCUAUUUCACAGGGUGGUGUUAUCAAGCGGCUCAGCAUUAAGCCCGUGGGCCUCCGUUCACGAUCCAAACGACCUGCGUCUUAAAGUAGCUGAGCAAAUAGGUUGUCCCACAGAAAACGACGAAGAUAUUGCCGACUGUUUACGCGGGAUUCCUCUUCGCGAGAUCAUGGCGGUUGAAUUGCCGGAAAUCCGGUUCGUGCCUCGUAUAGGGCCCGGCUUACCAGUGGACCAAAAUAACCCCGACCCAGGUCUGGACAUGGAAAGAGUGAGCGACACGUUCAUCAAGGUGCCUCUGAUCCUCGGUGUAUCGACCACUGAGUCGAACCUGGACUUCAACGCCCACGAUAUUCAGUACGGUCUCGAGGAGGAUCAUCGGAAUCGUGUUCUCCGCACGUUCAUCAGGAACGCGUACGUUUAUCAUCUGAACGAGAUAUUUUCGGCGGUGAGAAACGAGUACACGGACUGGGACAAGCCGGUUCUUCAUCCCAUCAACGUUAGGGACUCGACGAUGGAGGCGUUGAGCGAUGGACACACCGUGGCUCCGCUGAUGAGAAUAGCCUUUUAUCACGCCAGGAGGGGAGCCAAGACGUACUUCUAUCACUUCAGCCAUCAGAACAAGAACAACGGAUAUAUGGAGCGUCUAGGAAGCAUCCGAGGAGAAGACAUACCCUACAUCUUCGGUCUGCCAUUAGUAGCCGGAGGACUUUUCUUCCCUCGAAAUUACACUCGCCAAGAUCAAAUAGUGGCUGAAGCUGUCCUCACAUUUUUCACGAAUUUCGCGAAGACCGGAAAUCCUAAUGAACCGCACAAAAUCGAAUCAGUGGAUUACGGCACUCCGAAAGAGAAGACUAGAUACCGAGGACUCAUUUGGGAACAAUACGAAACUGGUACUCAACAGUACCUCACAAUUGCGAUGAAGCCGAAAAUGAAGAGUCACUACCGUGGUCACAAAAUGGCGGUCUGGUUGAAUUUGAUACCGCAACUGCAUCGACCGGGAGACGACGACGUUUCUAUGAGACAUCAUCACUUUCGAGAGAGGGGUGAUCAUUUUUAUGCAGGGCCAGUCCGAGACGAGUGGUACACUCCGCUCCCUCUGGUGGGCACAACGAAAAGCAGCGCCUCCUCCACAACCGCGUGCAGCACCUCAACCGGCGAGGACAGCAUCGCCGAAGACAUAACGCCCAUACUGGACGACUCGGAAGACGACGCGGAACUUUUGCAAAGACUGACCUCCCGGCACUACUACAGCACCACCACUGCCCUUGCCAUCACCGUGGGAGUCGGUUGCAUCCUCCUAGUCCUGAACAUGUUGAUAUUCGCCGGGAUUUACUACCAGAGAGACAGGGACAAGAAGCGAGCAGCGAUGGACUGCACUCCGAACGGUCAGGAAUCGCUUCCGAUGACGACGAGAUCCUCCAUGAAGGCUCCAGACAGUUCACGAUCGACCCAAGAACCUCCUCCGUCGUACACCACCUUGGCGAGAAGCCCCUCCAUCCAGGAACACCAUCAGAUUCCCCAGAAUCCCUCCACGGACGAGGAGCAGCCUCAGAAUGAGCAGAAACCUGUACACGCGACGAGUAAUACCAUACACAAGGACCCUAUCCCUCCUAAACCUCCCACGAGGACCACCAGCUCCCUCAGCACCACUGGCAGCACCAACACCAUCAAGAAACGCGUGCAAAUUCAGGAGAUAUCCGUAUAGCAUUAGGGGUUGCCCCUAGAGGGCAACGCGAAGACCAAGAAGGUGACUUUCGUGGACUUCGAAGAGUCCAAGUUCUGAGAGCAAGCUCGUGUAGAUGCUAAUAAGGUCCAAAGAGGAUCGAUGAAGAAUGGGGAUGUCGGUAGAACUUUGGAUCUUUUACACGAAGACGGAUGCUGAACCCUGGAGUUAAGAUGUGGACACUUUGGGCUAUGUUCAUAUUUGUAACUUGAACACGGUCCGUAAGGUUAGGUGUCUGUGCCGCGUGUCUUUUCUGAAACGCUUGUGAGUUAACGUGGGACAUUGUAGGAUGAUGAUUGUCACUGGAAGUACUUGUUAUUGGACAUUCGUCGGGUGAAUAAUCAGUGUUCUUUCAAAAGUGUUCUUCUCGUAGCUGGCAUCCAAGAUGGCGUAGCGAUGGUCGCGGGCGUAGACUAACUUCCGGUAUAAUCGACGCUAGGCACGAAUGAUUCCUACUUCCUUUAAUACGCGAAAACUUCGAGGUCUUUUCUAUCCCAAUUACUGAAAGUUGUGCACGGUUUCGCACGGAUAAUCAAUUAGUUAAGGUCUGUGUAAAGCGAUACGUAGCGAACUGGUAAGAAUCUUCAGGAACGUUGAUCAGCGUGAUCUGAAUGAGAGGCAAAAUUUAAAUAUAAAUCGGUGUAUUAAUUACUGUGUAUGAUUGUUUGAUAGUUGCUUAUAAUUAUGGUUAUCGAUUAAACUCGUGAGAAAACUAUCCUUUCGCUAGAAACUAACGGAGAACCUUUUUUCUGUAAUUAAGUAAAGUUUUGUAUCGUUGAUUCAGACUUUUGAUUUCCUUGACUGCAUAAAAUUGAAGAAAACGAA